UAUUCAUUCGUUGCAAUCGUAGAAGUUUCGAAUUACAUUUUUUGCAGGUAUUGUAAAUUGACUCUGCACAAUGAAAUCUAAUUCUUUGUUUUUCGGAAGUCGAUUCUCUUUAUGGUAACCUUAACAUAAAAGCUUACUUUCACACGACACACGUUCAUUGCAAAUCACAACUUAAAAUGUUUGGCAACAAAAUGAAUAACAGUGGCUGGAUUUUGUGUCCAUCAAAGCGUUUUCCGGGAAAAUUCUAUUACUAUAACGUGGUAAACGGUGAAUCUGCAUGGUGCUUCAAUGAGACUGAGAAAAAGUUUUUAAGCAUAGAUGAUAAAACCAGACUUGUAUCACAAAAAUGGCAUUGUUAUCCUGAACCACUGAGCCCUCCUGGUAAAGGUCUAAACUGUUUCACCGGUAGUAGUUUCUUGCUUCCACAAAAGUUUGGACAAGCAUCAUUCCCAAAAUAUUUCGGUCCUGCGGCUCCAAAGCUUGACGGGUUUGGAGCUAUCAAUUAUGUUUCUAAUGCAAGGAACCCUAGUGUUAUAAAGGCACCAAUUUUAGGCAUUCAAAAUGUACAUAAAACUCUUGUUCCAAAGAAAAAUGUUGAUAUACAGACAGAUUUACCUGAAACAGAAGUAAUAGUACAAUCUUGUGAGGAGCCUUUAUCUAAAAGAUUUUUGAAGUAUCAUAGAAAUGAAAGUGAAGAAAAUAACUUAGAGGUUUUGAAUGGAAAAUAUUUUGAGUCAAGUAAGGUAUUUAAAAAUCCUACAAAUGAACUACAGAUGGUCCAAAGUGUGGAACUUAGCCAGGAAAACCUAUCUUUAUCAACACCAAAUUCAGUACUUAUUAGUACUAAUUCAACAAGUAAAAUGAGGCUUGCUGAUAAUGAUCUUAGAUUUAUUUUACAAGCCAAGAAAUCUGAGAAAAAAAAAGAUGAGCCUCAAAAAAAGAGUACAGUUAAGAAAGUAAGAUUUGAUUUAACUCCUAGUGUCAAUGAUGAGGAGAGUAUAUAUGACUCAGAAGAUGAAACGGCAAUAAAAGAUGCAUUUAAUACAGCAACUGAAAAGAUUGUGAAACAUAUAGACAACACGGCAAAAAGUGAUUACUGUAUAGGGAGUAAGCUUCAUAUAGAAGAUGAUUUAAAAAACAUUAAGUUUGUAGUGAAAAAUACUAACCCACAAAAUCUGUUUCAACAGAAGGCAGAUGAAUUUAAUCCAUUCCAAUUUAAAAGUGAAAAAAUUACAAAUUUGGAAAUAAUAUCAAAGAAUCAAAAUGUUGAGAAUUCUGCGAAUUCUGUGAAAUUUAUUAUAAAUGAAAAUCAAUACCAUACUUCAACUCCUAACGAUAGUUACAAAAAUGAUGACAUACUAAAUGUAACCAAAACUAUGAAAGAAAAGCUACAUGUUAGGGUUCCAAAUCAGUUUGGAGCCGAUCCUAAAAUUCUAUUUUUAAAGUCAACUCCACAAGAGAAUCCAUUUAAGAAAUACAAAUCAAAAAUGAAUCCCUAUCUUAAAUGUAAAAGUCCUCCAAAGGCAUUUAAAAGUCUUCCUGGCUUAUUUGCAUCUAAUAGAUUAGAUAAAAACAAUUUCAAAUUUCCUUUUAUAAAUUCAUUCGAACACAAGGUCGUAACAUCCAAUAAGGAUAUCAAUUACUUUGAUCCAAAACUCUAUAGUAACAAUUUAAACACUGGCCAUUUGAACAACAACUACAUAAACCGGUCCGGUUAUGCUAAAGAACAAACACAUUCCGGAUACACCAAUAACUCCAAAGUGGCAGAUGGAUGUAUGAUAUUUAGUGACAAAAAUAAAAUCAAUAACAAAGAUCGUUGGCUGGACCAAAAGUUGAAAAACUUCUAUACCAGAAACAGUUACAUUGAGAACACAGUUAAAGUAAGAAUGGACGAAAUUAUUUGCAGCUUCACACAGAUAAUUGAAAAUAUCAUCUAUGAAAUACUAGAGACGAGCACGUGCCCACCUCCAUACUCACUGUAUGACGCUCUAUUAUCUUUACAAAGGAAAUUCAGUGAGCACACACAUAUACUGCAAGUGGUAGACAGAAUAACUGACUUAGAUAUUUUUUGCUCUAAAACUGGUUAUUUAAAAAGUAACAUACACCCGCACGAACUAAUAAAAGCCCUAGGGUGUGGUUUAGUUUUUAUUGAAGCACUUAAUGAGUCAGAGGAGUAUGAUCUGAAGGAUGGAGAGGAUGCGCUUCUGCAGCUGUUACGAGACAUUGAGGAGCCGGAGUACGUGGAGUUGCCGCAACCCACCACCGUCAGUAGAGAUGGCAGCACAGAGCAACUGAACAGGGUCAACUUUAUCAAAGGACGGUCGGAAAUUUUGCAAUACUUACGAAAGCACUUUCCUGAAUGGGAAAAUUACUGCGAGGAACAGGACCAAACGCCCAAUAAAAAUUCAACUCACAAUGUUGUAGUGACAACUACUGGCAAAGAUUUGCAUCUUUAUAAAAUAAAUAGCAAAAAUCAAAUGUAUCGUGAGCCAGAGGAUGUUCAAGAAACGAACGAAUUCAAACGCGAUAAUGAAUGCGACAACAAAAACGUGAUAGCAAAGUUCCACAUCAUUGAGGAGUUUGAAAAUAGAAUAAAAGUGAAUCCUGAAAAUGAAUCAACUCAGCCGAAACACAAGCAAGAAAUUAUCGAAGAUGUUAGUGAUGAUGAAAAACUCGUUAUCGACGAAUUUUAUGAGGUUGACGCAAAUAAAUGUUCAGAAGAAUCGGACAUCCUCAUAGAAACGGCAAAUGAAGUAAACAUAACGAAACCUGACUCUCUGCGUAUAGACACUUCGAUAAGAAUCAAUGAAUCUAGCACCAUUACUGAUGAUUUCCCUGUACUGAUUAAUGACCCCGUUGCCCAUAUCUCUACAGACGAUGCGGACCAAUAUUAUUUUCUAGUGAAGACUUUUUUGACAGAACUCAGUAACUGCCUACUUUCAAUACACGCUUUUAUCAAGGACAAUGCUGAACGUAUGCACGAUACAGACUUAACAGAUGAUGACAGAAAAGAAAUUCACAAGAAUGCAAACCAAAUAUACGUAAAUUUGAGAAAUAUCAUCCUUGAAUUGAAAAGUAUCGUCGAAAGAGAAACUCGCAAUGAAAAUGCUCUUAAAAUUUUGCUGAUGACUGCUGACGGCGCCUUACAAGAUAAACGAAUUACUAAUUAUAGGCAAGUGACAGCGAAGUGCGUUGAACAAGCGCGGCAUUUAGCCGGCUGCGUGCGGCUGCUGCUGCGCGCCACAGACCACGACUGCACGCUGUCCGCCAGCUCCGACGCCGGCACCACAUGCAUCAACAUAUUCGAGUAGCUGAUACUGUUAGUGUGUAAGUAUCACCAUAUUCGAUUAGCUGGUGAUUUUUAGCGUGAAUGGUGAAACUGAGAAGCGGCACGCCAGGGCUAAGUAUUCUCUGUACGAAAUCUCAUAAGAUAAAUCGCAUUACACGGCACAAAACGUCUCUACUAUUGAACGUGCAGUGUCGCGUCGCUUCGCUACAGCUAGUGCGUAGUGCGGUUUUGUCUUAACAGUAAAUUGAAGGUUCAAGCCACACAUGAUUAAAGCGGUUUUAGAAUCAUGCGUCGCGACUGAUUAUUAGUACUUCAUAAGGACAGCUAUCGAUAUUAAUCAUAAAUGCAAAAUUCCGUUUGUUUGUUAACUUUUCAACGCCCAAACCGCUGAACCGAUUUUGCUGAAAUUUUGUAUGGCGAUACUUUUUAUCCCG